AUGUCUCGCAAACCAAAGGUCGACACGGAUUGGAAUUCUCCAGAUACUCGAAUAUACUAUGCCAAAAAGUACAGGCAGACACUUGCAUCCGCACCUGCUUGUGCUCUGGCUGUGAUCGCUGGUGCUCCUCUCGAGAAUGUCAAAGUCCGAAUGCAAUCCCGCUACUUCCCCAAUGCAUAUCAAGCCACAAAGCACACUUUUCAAACUGAAGGCAUUCGAGGCUUCUGGGCCGGCACUUUUUCUCCACUCGUCUCAAUCACCACAAGCCGAGCCCUAGGCUUUUCGAUCUACAGAAAGGCGAAAUACACUCUCGACAGUUGGAUCGAAGCUGGUACAGGCUCGUCUCCGCUUCAACAUGUCAACAAACCAGGCACAUACCCCAAUCCAGCGACAUUACUUUGCUUUACUGGAGCAGGCAUGAUAUCUGGAGGUGUCAUGGCACUCGCACUGACUCCCAUCGAGUUGAUCAAGAACGCUACCCAAUCCUCCGUGCUCAUGGCAUCCUCCUCCUCAACUACCGCCACCCCCAAACCCACUUCAGGCACGGCAGCUCCGUUGGCUAAGAACUACGGACGUGUCAGUUCAUGGCAAUCAACGAAACGUAUCAUUCAAAGACGGGGAUUUUUUGGACUUUGGACAGGUUUCCGAUUGCAUUUGCUUCGAGACGUCAUUGGUAGUGGUAUCUAUUUCGGUGUGUACGAGACGACCAAGCAGUCGUUGAAUUCAUAUUAUGGUGCGGAGAAAGCAAACACGCCUGGUGCCAUUGCUAUUGCUGGGGCAAUCUGUGGCAUUGGCGCUUGGGUAGUGACAUACCCGUUAGACACGAUGAAGACCCGUGCACAAAACAAUCUGGUAGCGACCGGGAACUCCGCAGCGACAAAGACGACGAAGGGCCCAUCAACCUCAUCUGCCACCAGCGCGGCCUUGACCCAAGCCGCAAUGCGAUCGAGCAAAUGGAAGGGAGUGGAAAUGAUCAUCAUCCGAUCGUCAAUCCAGAACAUGAUUCAAAUGAGCUUCUUUGAGCAGGCAAAGGUGGUCAUCGACAACAUGAGCUUCAGCGAUGGGAGUAAAACCUUGCCAGAGGUGGAGCGCCAUUUUGGCCGAGACAGCAAGAUCUCGAAGAAUGAUAAGUUGUGA